AUGGGAGACCGGCUGGGGCUGGCCCUGGAUCUGGCAUCCAGCACCCCCGAUGGAGCUGCCAGCUCCGGGGUUGAGAUUGUGGCCUUGCAGCCGAUUGCGAUCGUCGAUCACCUGCUCACGGUCUCCGAUGAGGGCUCCCUGCGCUCCCUGGGAGUGGACGACGAGCUGGGGGGCUCCCACCGCGUGACCCUGGAGGAGGUCCGCCGCAUCCUGGCCGAGGCCGGCGAGUACUACAGCAGAGCCGGGGGCAGCGCUGCCAAUACCACGCGAGGCCUGGCCGGCUUCGGCGUGCACGCCCGCCUGGUGGGCGCACGGGGCCAGGACGAGUGGGGCGUGCUGUUCAGCAGCAGCAUGGGGCGCGCGGGCGUGGACGUCUCGCGCGUGCUGGCCAAGCCCGUGCCCACCGCGCGCUGCUGCAUCCUCUCCGCCCCCGGCCAGCGCACGAUGCGCACCGCCAUCGCGGGGUCAGCGGCGCUGGACCCCGGCGAGCUGGACGCAGGGUCCUGUGCCGGCGCGGGCUGGCUCUUCGCCUCAGCAUACGCGGCCUACAUCCCGGGCAUGCUGGACGCGGCGGUGCGCGCGGCGCAGGCCGCCGGCGCGCGCCUGGCGCUGGACCUGGCCUCCUUUGAGGUGGUGCGCGCCUUCCGCCCCACGCUGCGCGCGCUGCUGGAGUCGGGCGCGGUGGCGCUCUGCUUCGCCAACGAGGACGAGGCGUGCGAGGUGGUGGGCGAGCGCCGCGGCGCCGACGAGGGCGGGCCGCUGCGCGGCCUGGCAUACCUCGCGGCGCACUGCGACACCGCGGUGGUCACGCUGGGCGAGCGGGGCUGCGUCGUGCGGUCGCGCGGCUCGGACGUCGUGCAUGCCCAGCCCGCCUGCACCGGGGUCAGGGUCGUGGACGCCACGGGCGCGGGCGACCUCUUUGCCGCCGGGUUCCUGUACGGCACGCUGCGCGGCGCGGCGCUCCCCCGCUGCGCGGAGAUCGGGUGCAUGGCGGGGGGCGCGGUGGUGCAGACCCUGGGCGCGGAGAUGACCAACGCCACCUGGGAGUGGCUGCACAGCAGGCUGCACGGUGAGCUGGCCGGCGCUGUGGUGCGCGAUUCAGCGGCGGCGGUGCAGCAGGAGCUGCUGGCGUGCUACGCGCUCAUCGAGCGCCUCGGGCGAGGCGUUGUGUACUACGGCUCGGCGCGCCUGCGCCGCGAGUCGCCGCACUGGCGGACCGCCGUGCAGCUGGGGGAGCAGGUGGCCCGGCUACUGGGGUCCACCACCUGGAGCGGAGGGGGCCCGGGCAUGAUGGAGGCGGCCACUGAGGGCGCGCUGGCUGCAGGGGGCACCGUGGGCGGUAUCAAGAUCAGCCGGGAGGCAGGCACCUCCGUCCGCACCGCCGCCUCCUACCUGCCCGCCGACGCCCAGGUCUACUGCCGCUUCUUGGCCCCGCGCAAGGUCGCGCUGGUGGACUGCGCGGUGCGCCCCGGCGAGGCGGACCGCACCGCCUACGUCUUCCUGCCGGGCGGCCUGGGCACCAUGGACGAGCUGUUCGAGCUGCUCACGCUCGCGCAGCUGGGCAAGCUGGGGUCCAAGCACCCUGUGCCCAUCAUUCUGUGCAACUACGACGGCUUCUACACGCCGCUCAUGGCCUGGCUCAAGGCGUGCGACGGCAGCGGGGUGCUGAAGGCCGCUGAGCUGGGCGCGCUGCUCGUCGCCGACGACAACGCGGGCGUCCUGGAUGCCCUGGCGCAGCACUACGGCCUGCCACGAGCGCCGGGGGCGCACGCUUCUGUGCGCGCCGCGGCGGAGUGGAUGCAGGACGCCUGA